CAAAUCCACAAGCGCCGGGCAACAUAAAAUAAGCGAGGUACUAGGCAUGGCCUAUACGAAACAAGGCAAAGAUUAGUUACAUUAUAGCAAACGAGCAUGCAUUUCACAGGUUCGAUACGGCUAUAGACGGUGUCGCAUCGACAGAUAGGGAGCUAUAUCAUAUGACGUAAAAUGCUGGGGUUUACGCAGGAUAGCUUCUGGAUUGUUGAAUAUAUAGAUAGGUGCAAAUGAUUAAACGAAUUCUGGAUACAAGCCACCGAAACGAAUCUUCGCUCUUCGUCUUGAGUUUCCAACACAUUUUUCAUAUCCAGCCGGCCAGAUUCUAAUAUCAGCAAAAUGGGAGAUACAUCAUCUAUAAAGGAUUCACCUUCUCUAGAAAUUUCUUCUCCUGGAGCUAUUACAAUCAAGCCCCUUCAUCCUACAUUUGGUGCGGAAAUCAUUGGUGUGGACUUCUCCGUCCCAUUAUCUGAGGCAAUCUUCAGUCAGCUACACGCUGCAAUUGCCAAGUACGGAGUUGUGGUGUUCCGCGCUACAGUCCUCAACGACGAAUCUCACAUUGCUUUCGCUAAGCAAUUUGGAGAGCUUGACGACGUUACACCAUACACGGCUGCUGGUCGCAAGCAUCGGCUUAAAUACAAUGAGCUUUUUGAUGUUAGCAAUGUGGAUAUGGACGGAUCGAUUCUAGAUCCAGACACCCCUCGAGGCCAGGCAAAUAAGGGAAACGGUUUAUUCCAUGUCGAUUCUAGUUUUAACCCCCGCCGAGCAGGUUAUUCGCUUCUACUAGCACACGAACUCCCUCCGUCAGGAAUGGGAGGCCAUACGGGGUUUGCUGAUACCCGUACAGCAUUUGACAAUCUCCCAGAAGACCUCAGGGAAGAACUCGUUUCUAAGGAUUAUAUCGCAUGUCACUCAAUUCAUCAUUCCCGAAAGUUAGCAGCGCCUGAAUUUUUCGCCAAUGUCGAUCCCGAGAAAUAUCCAAUGGGAAGACACCGACUUGUUCAGCGCCAUGAGGCAUCUGGUAGGAUGAAUCUUUACAUCGCAGCCCAUCUACAUCACAUUGAGGGAUUGGAGCCUGAGAAGUCGAAAGCUCUUAUCAACCGCCUUUUGACAGCUGCAGAGCAAUCCUCGAAUACCAUAGAAAUCUUAUGGGAGACAGUUGGUGAUUUGGUUAUCUGGGAUAAUACGUGUACUAUGCAUCGAGCUGUUGGCGGCCCGUUCCUUCGAAAGUAUAGGAGGGACAUGCGACGCGCUACUGUUCACGAUUCAAGUUCUCAGGCAUGGGGAUUGAAUGAGCAUAUCGAUAUUAGACAAGGCAUGCCAUAAGUUACUGGGUUGUAAUUCGUCGUGACCAAAUAUAGCUUCGCUCAUAGUUGGAAGAAGCGACUGCGCGGUUUGGAAUCGACCACCAAUACAUUUUCAUAGUAAUUUAUAUAGAAGCUAUAAAACGUGCAUCCCUGCAUCGAGGGACGCACUCCGUGACGGGACAAA